AUGAAUUCACGUUCGAGCUUUCAGACGUCUUCUAUCGAGCAACCCUCUAAAUCUACCGUCCUAGCUCCCCAAUCAGCAAACACCGCUGCUCUGCUGGCUUCGUAUGCUGCACAAGGUCUCGAAGUUCUUGCUGUGAUUGAAUCCGACCCGUCCACCUUCCUUAAGUUCUCUAACAUGCCAAUGGAGUUGAGACUGAAGGUUUGGCACUACAAUUUUAAGGAAGCCAAGGCUGUAUGCGUCGAGCAUAUGGUUUACAAGACGGAUGUUAACGAUGAUUCUACUAAGGCAUUCCUUCUCGAGGACAAGAGAGCUCUGCCGGUUGCACUCCACGUCAACCCUAAAGUUAUGUACUGUGGUCUUCGACCUCUCUGUGCCAAGUUUUCGGACGUCUUCUGGGUCGAGUUUAUCACUUUGAUGAACAACACUGAUGAUAUAUACGACUGGUUAUUCGCUUUGAAAAAAGCCAAGCUAGGUCUCCUCGAACUUAUUACCAAGCUUGAAGUCCGUGGGACUUUCACCGAGUGGUUCUUCGUCGGUCAGUUGCUUAUUAAUAAGAAGGAGUGCUUGAAUAGUGGUGACCCCGAUCCUCUCCAAAAGAUGAAAUUCGCCUCACUCUCGCUUUUCCAAGCUUUGAAGGAGAUAAACUUCACAGGAAUAAGUGGCGAUAAGGAUUGGGAGACAGUUCGUGGAAAGAUGAAUUUGGAGCAGCUGAAGGCCUGGAUCGUUAUUGUCUUGGAGAAGUCUAAGCAUUUCUUCAAUAGCAAGACGGCUCCUACCGUAACCUUCCGUCCUUUCAAGACCUUUCAACAGGUUAUCGAUGAAUAA